AUGGCUGCUAAGAAACUAAGAAGAGCAAAGUUGUCUCAGGAGCUGUGUGAAAGGCUGAGUCGCCAUCAGAUCACUACCUGUCAGGACUUUUUGUGUCUUUCUGUCUUGGAGCUAAUGAAAGUGACGGGACAGAGCUACUAUGAUGUGCAGAAGCUUAUUUGCAAAGUCAGCCGAGCUUGUGCUCCAAAAAUGCAGACAGCUUAUGAACUGAAGCUGAGGAAGUCUGUCGAUCCUUCUUCAACCUUUUUAUCCACCACGCUGCAUGGUUUGGAUAAAGUCUUGCAUGGUGGAGUGCCCUGUGGAUCCCUCACAGAAAUAACUAGCCCACCAGGUUGUGGCAAAACUCAGUUUUGUAUUAUGAUGAGUGUUCUGACUACACUACCUGUAAGCAUGGGAGGACUAGAUGGGGCUGUUAUAUACAUUGAUACAGAGUCUGCAUUCAGUGCUGAAAGGUUGAUUGAGAUAGCAGGAAACAGAUUCCCUACCUACUUUGAUUCAGAUGAAAAGCUGUUCUGCAUGAGCCAUAGCAUUCACCUGUAUCGAGAGCUGACCUGUGGCAGUGUACUGAAGAGGAUUAUGUCUUUGGAAGAGGAAAUUAUUUCAAAGAAAGUUAAACUCAUAAUAAUUGACUCUGUUGCUUCGGUUGUCAGAAAGGAGUUUGACACUAAACUUCAAGGCAACCUGGCAGAGAGAAGUAACUUUUUGGCUAGAGGAGCAUCAAUGUUGAAGUACUUGGCAGAGGAGUUCUCAAUACCA